AUGCGUAGUCUUCAACAUCUUGGAUACAGUUGCGCGCGGAUAACCGGGACUUGUCCCGAUGCUCGUUCUUACAUUACCAGCGAUCCGGAAAAUCGCACCGUUUUCGUGGCCGUGGAAGACGCUCAAAAUACCAUUCGAGUGUUGGCGUCCACUUCGGCCUCGGAAGGAGAUCCCAUGGCAUUCGUUCAACUGGCCGAGUUUCCCGCCAUGCCUCAGCAAAACAGCAGCGGUGCCAUUGUCAGCUUUACUUACCUCUCGGACUUGCAAGUGGUCUGUCUCGCCACGUUUUACGGUGACAUUAUGCUGAUCAGCAAAGAAAAAUUCGAUCGCGGCGAAGAAGCGAUGGAAAUUGUCGGUACCGUCGAUGCUGGAAUUCAUUCCAUGUCAUGGAGUCCCGAUCAAGAUCUCGUUGUGUUGAUCACUGGAGAAAAGAAUGUGCUGGAAAUGACCCAAGAUUUCGACACCAUCACUGAAUUCCCACUUCAUGUUGAAGAAGAAGGCGAAGGUGUACAGCAUAGUGUUGGAUGGGGUCGCAAGGAAACCCAGUUUCACGGUUCCGAAGGCAAACAAGCCGCAUUGAAAAAAGUGGACCCAAAUCAAUUUACUGUGUCAGAGGAUGAUGAUCGUCAAGCCCGUAUCGCAUGGAGAGGUGAUGGCAGCUUUUUCGUCUGCUCGGAUAUUGAUCCACGUAAAGAUGCACGCGUUUUGCGAAUCUUCAAUCGCGAAGGUGUGUUGCAGAACACGAGCGAACCUGUCAAUCAGUUGGAACAUGUGUUGGAUUGGAGACCGUCGGGUAAUUUGAUCGUUUCCAGCCAACGUUUACCUCACAAACACGAUAUUGUGUUUUUUGAAAGAAACGGUUUGCGACACGGUGAAUUCACUUUACGAGAAAGCGCAAAGUAUAAACUUUUGGAAUUGUCAUGGAAUGCGGAUUCCACCGUGCUUGCUAUUUGGAUCGAAUCAGAGACACGAACUGGCAAGAUGCAGAAAAGCGUUCAAUUAUGGACCGCCAAUAAUUACCACUGGUAUUUGAAGCAGCACAUCAUGAUGCCCGAAGGCGAGGAUAUCAUUGGGUUCGCAUGGGAUGUGGAAAAUGCUCUGGAAAUGCGCCUGGUCAGCAGUUCUGGUCGUUAUCACUACUAUUCCUUUGCGUGGAUGGCGUUAACAUCGACCUCGGUCGGUGAAGAUAAUGCAGGCUAUGUGGCAGUGAUCGAUGGAGCUUCGGUUCUUUUGACCCCUUUUGUCUACCAAAAUGUGCCUCCGCCAAUGUGUGCACUUACUCUGAAAACCGAUAAAAAUGUGCAACAGGUCGCUUUUGGCCCAACUUUGGCGGGAAACCGUAUGGCGGUGCUCACCACGGAUAAGAUCUACUUUUUCGACGUGCCCGCCGAUGCCCGCGGUCAGGUGCAACAAUUUGAACUCGCGUUUCCUCGCUCUGACGAUAAUAAAUCUGGCGUCUAUGGUCCACCUCGCCAACUGCGCUGGAUUAAUGAAUCUCAGUUGGUCUAUGUUCGCUAUGACGAACAAACCGCCACUGACGUACUGUGCAUCGUUCACUUUGAAUAUAAUGACAGUCAAAGCGCUGUACUGAACACUGUCCCUCUGAAUUUCAUGGUCGGCUAUCUGCAUUACAAUGUCAAUACCGAGGAUUUGAUCGCUGAAGCUAUGGAUGGUUCCGUUUACGAAGUUCAAAUGGAUGAAUCCGGUUCCCGUGCCUCCAAAAUCCACCAAUUCCCUGAAUUCUGUCCCUGGAUUGGUACGGCAGUUAUUGGCCCGCAAGCCGAUACCGCAGAGCGUUGCGUAUUUGGUUUGACGGAACGAAGCAAAUUGUAUGUCAACGAUCGUUUGCUUUCUGCUGAAUGUACCUCGUUCUAUUUGCGCCGUGAUUGGCUCGUCUUUACUACGACAAGCCAUACCGCCCGAUUCCUUCCCUUGGACAUCGAAUUUGACAAAUUUAUGCUUUCGGACGAUAUUCCCGAUGCUAAUGACGAAUCGUAUCGUCGCCUUGAGCGUGGUUCCAGAAUCGUACUUGCUACUCAUGGCAAACCUGCUCUUGUUCUCCAAAUGCCUCGCGGUAAUCUGGAAACCAUUCAACCAAGAGCCUUUGUCCUUGCCACCAUCCGCAAAGACGUGAAAAAUAUCGCUUACCGAUCGGCUUUUAUUGCUUGCCGCCGAAACCGAAUUGAUUUGAAUAUUUUGUUCGACGAGAACCCGCAGCAAUUCUUUGGAAACAUUGAGGCUUUUAUCGAGCAGAUUCCUGAAGUGGACUAUCUGAACCUAUUUUUAUCCACAUUAAAGAACGAAGAUACAACUUUGACCAUGUAUCGACGCCGUGACCAUGUCAUUCAGGUGGAAAACAAGGUCAACCGUAUUUGUGCGGCUGUUCGUGAUACACUCAUGGAGCUUGGCCGUGAUCGUUACAUGCAAUCCAUCCUAUCCACUUAUGUGAAGAGUUCGCCACCGGAUUUGGAAUCGGCCUUGUUAUUGUUGGCUGAAAUCAAAGAAAUCGAUCUUGGCAAGGCGGAGGAUGCUCUCAAAUACACGAUUUUCCUUUGCAAAGCCAACAAGCUGUAUGACGUUGCCCUCGGCAUGUAUAACUUCCCUCUUGUCUUGAUGGUCGCCCAGCAAGCACAAAUGGAUCCUCGCGAGUAUCUUCCUUUCUUGCAAGAAUUGCAGAGCUUUGACAAAUAUUAUCAGCGCUUCAAGAUCGAUGAUCAUUUGAAGCGAUAUGAAAAAGCCCUUCGUAAUCUGGCUUUUGCAGGCGAUGAUCGAUUCGACGAACUCGUCGAAUACAUGCAAAAACACUCUCUGUAUCUGACGGCGCUGGAUGAAUAUGCCAAUAAGCCUCAACAAAAGAAGGUGAUCUUGGACGUGUAUGGCGAUCAUUUAAUGCAAACCAGUCAUUAUGAAGAAGCCGGUAUCCUAUUUACACUUGCUGAGCUUUUGGAAAAGGCGUUGCAAGCUUACCGCAUGGCCGGUUGUUGGCGUGAAACAUUCUCAUUGGCUAAGCAACUGCAAUAUUCCAAGGAGCAUGUCCAUGCUUUGGCCUACGAUUUAAUUGAAUAUUUGAAGGAUAAACGGCGCUAUCAAGAUGCUGCUUCAGUUGCAAACGAUUACGCCAACGAUAUUGAAGAAUGUGUCGACUCCUUGCUCAAGGGUAGUCUUUGGCAAGAAGCGGCAAGAAUGGCUCACGCAAAGGACCGUUCGGAUCUGAUUGAAACCCACGUCAAGCCUGGCCUUAUUGAAGGUUACACACAAAUGGAUGAAGAUAUCGAUGAAAUGAAGACUCAGUUCAGCAAGCAAACGGCACGCUUGAAGGAACUGCGUGAACGCAAACCCGAGCCUACCCAAGUUUUGCCAAAUGAUGAUACACUGGACAACAUUGAUAUGUUCUCUGAUACCACAUCCAUGUACAGUCAAUUCACCCGGUAUACAAAGGGCACCCUGAAUACUUCCCGAACAUCAUCGGUCUCUUCGGUGUCUUCAAAGGCGAGCAGAAAAACAUCCAAACUGCGACGUCGUGAAGAACGAAAGCGCGCUCGUGGUAAAAAAGGCACUGUAUUUGAGGAAGAAUACUUGGUCAAUUCAUUAAAGCGUCUUUAUGAGAAGGCGAGCACGAUGCAAGCUGAUCUUGGUAACUUGCUGAGAGCCUUAGUUCCAUUUGGUUAUGUGGAAGAGGCGCGGGCGAUUCAGCAUAAAUUUGAAGGUUUCCUGGCGUCUCUCAAGGAAGCCAUGGGCACCAUUUUUGUGCCUUUGCAAUUGGCUAGCAGUCAAUAUCAACAAGAAGAAGGCGAAGAAGUCCCCAAUCAGCCAGUGUCCAUAGAAAAACCAGUCAUUGCAGAUACCAAAUGGAAAUUGCAAAUUCUGUAA